AUGUCGCUAAAAUCACACAAGGCAUUUCUGGAGGGCUUGGAGGAUACCAAGUCCACUUUGUCAUGCCCAGCAUCGAGUGCUCGCCGGCCAUUAAGAGUUCUCUCUUUGGAUGGGGGAGGAGUCCGGGGGCUGUCAUCGCUCCUCAUCCUCAGACGUAUCAUGUAUAACAUCCAGCCUACCGACGACCUUUAUAGGAUCAUUAAGCCCUACGAUGUCUUUGACAUGAUAUGCGGCACGAGUACAGGCGGGUUAAUCGCUAUUAUGCUGGGGAGACUCCGGAUGGGUAUUCAAGAAACCAUCGACGCUUAUCUGAGCCUGGCAAAGGAUGUCUUUCAAGAGAAACCUCAGUCCUUGCUGAUUCCAGGAGUUCUUGGGGCGAUGGCGGGACGAGCUCGUUUCAGCGGGGAGAAACUCGCCACUGCCGUGAAGCGUGUCGUAGAGAAACAAACUGGAGACGAAAACGCGUGUUUCUUCGAAUCCCGAGAGGACCAGUGCCGAGUUUUCGUGUGCGCCACGAGAACGGCCAAUACCGAGCCAGCUAUCAUGCGCUCCUAUCGCAGCGACGAAGAGGAUAGUGCUCAGGGCACAAUUUGGCAAGUAGCCAGGGCAACCUCUGCGGCACCAACCUUCUUUUCAUCGAUUACGUUCGGCAACCCGCCAGCCAAUUAUGUGGACGGCGCCAUGGUCCACAAUAAUCCCAUACGACUAUUAAUGCGCGAAGUUACAAAGGUCUGGGGUGACGAUGCCGAGCUUUUCUGUGUCUUGAGUAUUGGAACAGGUACUCCAACGACCAGGAAACUCGGUACCCUGGGACAUCAAAUUCUCUCCGCCUGCGCUAAGUUAGCGACUCAUGCCGAGAACAUCGCUCGAGAUUUCAAGGCUGAUCAGGGUGGGCGAUUGCAGAAAGAAGGAAAAUAUUUUCGGUUCAACGUCGCGCAGGGGCUUCAAGGCGUGAAACUGGAGGAAUGGCAGGCUUUUGAUCUGAUGGAUGCUUCGACAAGAACGUACCUAAACGACGUGGAGCUUGAGGUUGAUGCUUGUUCUCGCCGACUCGGGAAAGGCACGGAGGGGGAAACAAUGUCUCAGUUGACACAGGAGGUUCUUCCUUCAUUCCCUCGAAGUGUUGAGACUGAACUCAAGGCAUCCAUUCCUUCAUCUUCUCCGACCAUUAAAGCUGGAUUCAGGGCAUCUCUUCCUCCUGCUCCCAGUCUUACUGGACAUACUGCUCCGGAAUAUGUCGACAUCAUCCGAGCAUCUAGUCGCUACUUUACCGGCAGAACGGAGGUGCUCAAAUCCCUACAGCAGUAUUUCAGCUCGGUUAAGCGAGCAUCUGCCCGGGUUGCAGUACUCAUAGGACUUGGGGGUAUGGGCAAGACCCAGACAGCUUUGCAGUACUUCGAGCACCGACGAUCGUCCUAUUCCAUAGCACUAUUCGUCGAGUGCAACACGAAACAGGAAUGCAUUGAAGCCUUCGUACGGUUUGCUCAUUUGGUGGUCGACGAAGAAUUGCGCCAGUUCCCCGAAAGCACAUACAUUGAGGCCGUCCAGAAAUUGGGAUUUUCUGGUCUCCUUAAGGAACAGAACCAGUCAAAGCAGUCUCCCACGUACGGCCAGAUGCGGGUGGUGGAGGCAGUGAAGCGCUGGCUGGGCAGGCAGCAGGGGACGUUUUUGAUCAUUUUCGAUAAUGCAGACGAGCCAUCCUCCGUCAAUCUUGACAAAUUCGUCCCUUCUCAUCGUAAUGGCGACAUCAUCAUCACCACUCGCGACAAGGCCGCGACGGCCUUCGGUCAGCCGUUUCCCAUCGAAGAGAUGCCCAAGGAUGAGGCAGUAGCCCUCUUGGAAAAGGCGUCAAACAUGAUAUUUGAUACCAAAGCGCGAAGGGACACCGCUGCGGAGAUCGCCAAGACUCUUGGAUACCUUCCCCUCGCCAUUGAUCAGGCAGGCGGCUACUUGACCUACUCAGAUUCAGACCUGGCCGACUUCCUGCCCACCUAUGCCCUUCACGCGCGGAGUCUGUUGUCACAGGUACCAAACGAUGGGAUGCUCGGAUAUAAACAGUCCGCCUUCACGACCUGGGAAAUGAGCUUUGAGCGAUUGCAGAUCCUUUCGAAAAAAUCGGCAGAGCUUUUGCAAGUCCUUGGUUUCAUCAAUAAUCAAGAUAUCUGUGACCGGUUGUACAAAACUGGAAACGGCAUUAGAAACGCAACAAUUUCCAUGCCAACAUUCAUGAAAGACAGCCAAGAAUGGAGCACGCAAGAAGAUGCCUUCGGGUUCCAUGAAGCUUUCACAUGUCUUUCGAAACUGUGUCUGGUCAAACGGAAUGACGAAGCUCCGGGAACACGCACGUACAAUAUCCACCCGGUUGUUCAUGUCUGGAUUAGAGAACGUCUGAGCCCAAAAGAUCGGGCUCUCUACGCUCGUGAUGCGUUGCUGUUGGUUGCCCAAUCUCUACCCUCCCUUCAGCAGUCAAAAGCUAAAGCCUGGGCAGUACACCGCCGGCUAUAUCCACAUACACAAGCCGCUUGGACCAAUGUCAAGCAGUAUGCCCCGCCUAGCAACGACGGUAGGGAAGUUGCAAUUCUGGAUGCAUUGGAUAUCGUGGCCACGUCUUUCAGGCAGCAAGGACAUUAUGAGCUGGCUGAGGAGGUAUUGUUUCGAGCAUAUCAAGGAAGCAAACGUGCCUACGGCCCGCUUGAUCGGAAAACGUUGCACAAUGCCGAACGUCUGGCAUCCGUUUAUGACAUUCGCGGUGAAUUCAAGAAGGCGGAAGCGCUCUACAGACUCCUUUUUGACAGCCUCACCAAUGUGUUAGGGCCUGGAAACAGAAAAACCCUGGCUGCCCUCCAAAACCUUGCCAACGUUCUCAAGUACCGAGGCAAGUCCGAUGAAGCAGAACGAUCUUACAAACAAGCACUCGAGGGACGCAAAAGGUUCGGAGAAGAGGACGCCGACACUCUUGAAACCAUGGACGCGUUGGCAAGUCUGUACUAUGCUUCUAGCCGCCCACAGGAGGCCGAACCGCUUCGGCUUUUUGUUUUGAAAGCGCGCGAAAAACGGUUUGGAGCAGACAAUUUGGAAACGCUCGGUACAGUGUUGGAUAUGGGGAUGUUAUAUUCGGGGCUGGGAGACAAUGAGCGCACAUUGGAACUGUUCGAGAAAGCCUACGAGAGUCGAAUGACUCUGUUUGAUGCACCGCCAACUGAAAAGAUACUCAAUGCAUUAUCCGUGAUUGCUGCCUUCUAUGCCAAUCUUGGACAUAUGGAAAGAGCGGAAACCAUGUAUCAAGAAGUUCUCUCGAGGCAAAAGUUUCUCCUCGGAGAUUUACAUCUUGAUACCAUUUGGACCCAGUGUUGUCUGGGUGUCGUUCUCUUCAUCAAAGAGAGAUCUGCACAAUCAAUUAAACAAGUGGAGAAAGCUUUUGCGGAUAUUGGAUCCAAGUUGGGCCCUAACCACCUUGACACACUCUGGGUUGCCCAUGCGCUUGCCAUCGUCUAUGAGUGUUGGGACAAGAUCGACGAAGCCGAGCAGUUGCAAGAGCGCGUUGUGAAGGGCUUCUUGGACGAAUUGGGACCUCACCACGUCAACACGCUCUACAUGAUCAAUGAUCUCGGCGAUUGCUACUCGCGAGGCAAGAAAAUGGACAAGGCCGAAACCAGCUUCCGCAAAGCAUUUGAAGGAAAACUCAAGUGCUUCGGUUUCAGAAGUCCCCACACGUUAUACACUGCCACCCUUCUGGCUGCGACGAUGCGAGAGCUGGGGAACGAGAAAGAGGCGGAAGACCUCUUCAAAAGGGUUCUCGAGACCACCACUGACCUCUUGGGUAGCGAGCACGCUGAUGCUACAGUAUGUAUGAUGUACUUGGCAGACCUCUACGUGGGGCAGCAACGGUUCAAAGAAGCCCGAGAUCUAUACCAGAAGGUGAGCUGUUGGAUGAGGUGGAGCACCGGAUAA